CAGUAGGGAGUAGUAGCUGUAGUGCCCGGUAUAUGGGUAGAGGGGAGUCAGUAGGGAGUAGUUGCUGUAGUGCCCGGUAUAUGGGUAGAGAGGAGUCAGUAGGGAGUAGUAGCUGUAGUGCAGGGUAUAUGGGUAGAGAGGAGUCAGUAGGGAGUAGUAGCUGUAGUGCCCGGUAUAUGGGUAGAGAGGAGUCAGUAGGGAGUAGUAGCUGUAGUGCGGGGUAUAUAGGUAGAGAGGAGUCAGUAGGGAGUAGUAGCUGUAGUGCGGGGAAUAUAGGUAGAGAGGAGUCAGUAGGGAGUAGUAGCUGUAGUGCCCGGUAUAUGGGUAGAGAGGAGUCAGUAGGGAGUAGAAGCUGUAGUGCGGGGUAUAUAGGUAGAGAGGAGUCAGUAGGGAGUAGUAACUGUAGUGCCCGGUAUAUGGGUAGAGAGGAGUCAGUAGGGAGUAGUAACUGUAGUGCCCGGUAUAUGGGUAGAGAGGAGUCAGUAGGGAGUAGUAGUUGUAGUGCCUGGCAUAUAGGUAGAGAGGAGUCAGUAGGGAGUAGUAGCUGUAGUGCGGGAUAUAUGGGUAGAGAGGAGUCAGUAGGGAGUAGUAGCUGUAGUGCGGGAUAUAUGGGUAGAGGGGAGUCAGUAGGGAGUAGUAGCUGUAGUGCCCGGUAUAUGGGUAGAGGGGAGUCAGUAGGGAGUAGUAGCUGUAGUGCAGGGUAUAUGGGUAGAGAGGAGUCAGUAGGGAGUAGUAGCUGUAGUGCCGGGUAUAUGGGUAGAGAGGAGUCAGUAGGGAAUAGUAGCUGUAGUGCCCGGUAUAUGGGCAGAGAGGAGUCAGUAGGGAGUAGUAGCUGUAGUGCGGGGUAUAUAGGUAGAGAGGAGUCAGUAGGGAGUAGUAACUGUAGUGCCCGGUAUAUGGGUAGAGAGGAGUCAGUAGGGAGUAGUAGCUGUAGUGCGGGAUAUAUGGGUAGAGAGGAGUCAGUAGGGAGUAGAAGCUGUAGUGCGGGAUAUAUGGGUAGAGGGGAGUCAGUAGGGAGUAGUAGCUGUAGUGCCCGGUAUAUGGGUAGAGGGGAGUCAGUAGGGAGUAAUAGCUGUAGUGCCGGGUAUAUGGGUAGAGAGGAGUCAGUAGGGAGUAGUAGCUGUAGUGCCGGGUAUAUGGGUAGAGGGGAGUCAGUAGGGAGUAGUAGUUGUAGUGCGGGGUAUAUGGGUAGAGGGGAGUCAGUAGGGAGUAGUAGCUGUAGUGCCCGGUAUAUGGGUAGAGGGGAGUCAGCAGGGAGUAGUAGUUGUAGUGCGGGGUAUAUGGGUAGAGAGGAGUCAGUAUAGUGGUCACACAGCAGCUGCUUUGUGCCAAUGUACAAGUAUAGGGCUACACUAAAUACAUUUUUAGUGCUGCUGCUUCGUUUUAACUCUUCAGUUACAGCCGGCAGCGGUCGGAAGGAAUACACUGAACUGCCUGCAAUGCUGUG